AUGUCUUUGGCUGAUGAAUUACUAGCCGAUUUGGAGGAAAAUGACUACGACGAUUUGGAGAAGCCCAUGGACAUGGAGAACAACAUCGAAGUAAAGGAGGAAAAAGAGGAUAUAGACUUUUUGCCGGAAUUCGAUACGACCCAAAUUAAUUCGGUACGCGAAAUUUGCAAACUUAGAGAUUCAGAAAAAUUACAAAACAUUAUAAACCAAAUAGAAAUGUUCGGAAACAAAAUACGAAAGUCGAUAGAAAUUAUAGGACCGGUGGAAUCGGACCCCGAGUACCAGUUAAUCGUCGAAGCGAACAAUUUAGCACAGGACAUCGAUAACGAAAUCAUAACUGUGCACAAAUUCGUGCGAGACAAGUACCAAAAGAGAUUUCCCGAACUCGAUUCUUUAGUCGUAAGCCCGUUGGAAUAUUUACGCACCGUAAAAGAAUUAGGCAACGAUCUAGACCAGGCCAAAAACAAUGAAAUACUUCAACAGUUCCUAACUCAAGCUACUAUAAUGGUCGUAUCCGUAACUGCAUCGACUACGCAAGGUUCUCUGCUAUCCAAAGGCGAGAAAGAACAAAUAGACGAAGCCUGCGACAUGGCAAUGGAGCUCAACAACUUCAAAUUGAGAAUCUACGAAUACGUUGAAAGCAGAAUGUCUUUUAUCGCCCCCAACAUCUCGGUAAUAUUAGGCUCGUCUAUCGCGGCAAAGCUGAUGGGUGUAGCUGGGGGGUUAACGAGACUAUCGAAGAUCCCCGCUUGCAACGUCCUGCUCUUGGGCCAACAAAAGAAAUCCCUAUCGGGUUUCUCGCAAACCACCAUGUUGCCCCACACCGGGUUCAUCUACUACUCGGAAAUCGUGCAAAACACACCGCCCGAUAUGAGAAGAAAGGCUGCCCGACUGGUCGCCACGAAAUGCACUUUAGCCGCAAGAGUGGACGCCUGCCACGAGAGCUCGGACGGCCGCAUUGGCACCCAAUUAAGAGACGAAAUCGAACGGAAACUGGACAAACUCCAGGAACCGCCUCCCGUGAAAUUCGUCAAGCCCUUGCCGAAGCCCAUCGAUCAGUCCAAAAAGAAGCGCGGCGGGAAGAGGGUGCGAAAAAUGAAGGAGCGAUACGCCAUUACGGAAUUCAGGAAGCACGCCAACAGGAUGAAUUUCGCCGAUAUCGAAGACGAUGCUUACCAAGAGGAUUUGGGAUAUACCAGGGGUACGAUCGGUAAAGCGGGCACGGGGAGAAUUCGUCUGCCUCAAGUCGACGAAAAAACCAAAGUUAGGAUAUCCAAAACGCUGCAGAAGAAUCUGCAGAAACAGCAAAUAUGGGGAGGAAGUACCACUGUGAAGAAACAAAUAUCCGGUACGGCGUCGAGUGUGGCCUUUACGCCUUUGCAAGGAUUGGAAAUUGUCAAUCCGCAAGCCGCUGAAGUUAAAGUUAACGAAGCAAACGCUAAAUAUUUCUCAAAUACGUCGGGAUUUUUGAAAUUGGACAAAAAAUGA